CGCAGGGCGAAAGCCGUUCCUAAAGAGAAGAUUCAGGGACAGGGCGGAUUCACGGAACGGUUUCCGGGUUUCCUUCCUGGGCUGGGAUAUCGGCGAGAGGAAAAGAGCUCCCGUUGAAUAACAAUAUAUAACUGUUACUGACAGCAGGCUUUUUGGACAUCCAGGAAACAGCAGUGAUGUCUCAAUCUGGAGAGAAAGGGAAGUUCCCUGAUGCAGCAGGUUAUGUAGGGUUUGCCAACCUCCCAAACCAAGUGCACCGAAAAUCUGUGAAAAAAGGGUUUGAAUUUACCCUAAUGGUUGUAGGGGAAUCUGGUUUGGGCAAAUCGACACUUAUAAACAGCCUGUUCCUCACUGAUCUCUACCCUGAACGCUAUAUCCCUGGUGCUGCAGAGAAGAUUGAGAGGACUGUGCAGAUUGAGGCAUCAACUGUGGAGAUCGAGGAGAGAGGAGUAAAGCUUCGCCUCACCGUGGUUGACACACCUGGAUACGGCGACGCCAUCGACAGUCAGGACUGCUUCAAGACCAUCAUCCAGUACAUUGACAAUCAGUUUGAACGAUAUCUCCACGAUGAGAGUGGGCUGAACCGAAGACACAUUGUGGACAAUAGGGUGCACUGCUGUUUCUACUUCAUAUCUCCAUUUGGACAUGGUCUAAAGCCUCUGGAUGUGGAAUUUAUGAAGGCCAUCCACAGCAAAGUCAACAUAGUCCCAGUCAUUGCCAAGGCUGACACACUGACACUGAGGGAGAGGGAUCGCCUAAAGAGGAGGAUCCUGGAUGAGAUCGCAGAGCAAGGGAUCAGAAUUUAUCAGCUACCUGAUGCUGACUCUGAUGAAGACGAGGAGUUCAAGGAGCAGACCAGAGUCCUGAAGGCCAGCAUUCCCUUUGCUGUGAUUGGCUCCAACCAGCUGAUUGAGGUGAAGGGAAAGAAAAUCCGUGGUCGUCUUUACCCCUGGGGAGUUGUUGAAGUAGAGAACCCUGAGCAUAAUGACUUUCUCAAACUACGCACCAUGCUUGUGACACACAUGCAAGACCUCCAGGAGGUAACUCAGGAUCUCCAUUAUGAGAACUUCCGCUCAGAGAGGCUGAAGAGAGUGGGCAGGGCUGUGGAUGAGGAUGUGGUAGAUAAAGACCAGAUUCUGCUACAGAAAGAAGCUGAGCUGAGACGCAUGCAGGAGAUGAUCGCUCAGAUGCAGGCGCAGAUGAAGAUGAAGUCAGAUGAGUAAAAGGGCCAGAACAGAAAGGAAGCACGGUGAUCCCAACCACCUAGCACACACACACACACACACACACACACACACACACACACACACAUCUGGUCCUCAUCUGUGUCCAUCCCUGCCUGCCACCACCUGCAGACACACAGCAAGUCCAGGUGGAUCACGUCAUCUUUUUCUGCACACCACUGCUACGUCUUCCCUCCAUACAUCCAUCCAUCAGCUGGUCAGGACCUCACCACCUAUGGUUUUUAUUUUUCAAAACUCCAUUUAGUGCUGAGUAGAAAACAAGAUAGAACCACCAAAAUGUAGACAUCAGUUAUUUAGUCUCUAAUUGUCAUUAUGUUCCACAGGGCUGGCAACUUACUAAGGGGCUUUUAGAGUCACACUAAAAUGUUUACAAAAAUAUAUGUACGAGUCAAAAUGGCACCAUUGUCCAUUUACUUUGCUAUCAGGUUAUGACACUUCUGAACAUAUUUUAACUUAAAAGUGAAAAGCAGUUUGCUUCUCAUGUUUUCUGGUGGCUGAUGAGACAGUGAGUAACCAUCACUUUUACUGUUCUGGGUGGUUUCAGCCCUUCACGGCCCGUUUGCUUCAGACAGAUAAUGCAAUAACUAUAAAUAUGUGAAAGGUAAGUGAUGCUGUGAGUGAGGUAAAACCUUAUCCGUCAUUACAAAUUUAGCUCUAGGCUUUUUUGUCUUUGCUUUUAUGCUUUAAAUUUACUAUAUGCAAGUAUUCAAACUAAUCCCACUGAAUUUUAAAGAGAAACAAACCAUAGGAUCAUGUUAUGGUAUAAGCAGUGCCAUAUUGUCUUCCAAAGCUGUAUGCUGCUGAUGUCUACAAGUGAAAAGGAAGCAAACUCCUCAGUCAUGUUGUCAUUUCAUGUGUAAACUGUUUGUACACUACAUGGGCAGCCUUACAUCAUCAUACUGUAUUUGGGCUUCCCCGUUUAAAGAUCAAAACAAUAAUAUUUAACUGCACCAUGUGUAACCUCCUCCAGUCGUCUGUGAGCAGCAGAUUAAACGUCCUAACUUUUCUUCAGCGGUGCCAACUGUGCACUCAUUGUUGUCGUUGCUAUUAUUUUUGUCAUAUGCAAAUUUGUUUGUUGAACUUAUUAAAACGAACAAGUAUUUCUUAACCAUAUGUCAGUAAAGUCUUUUUAGGCAUCAGUUUUGUUUUGUAUUUC